AUGGAUGGCACGCUGGGUAUCAGACAUGUCCAGGUGUUCAUGUUCACAACAUCCAUCGGCCUCUGCUACGGCAUGAACAUCGGCCUGGCUGUCGUCGCUAUGACUGACCAGACUAAACCAGGGACCCUUAACUGGAGCAUCCAGACCCAGUCAGUGGUACAGUCCUCAUUCUUCUGGGGCUAUAUCAUCCUCCAGAUCCCUGGAGGUGAACUGGCUGCCAGGUUUGGGGCCAAGAUACUGCUUCUCAUCACCAUGGGCGUCAAUGCUGUCGUAUGCUUUAUGAUACCUUUGUGUGCUUAUUAUGGUGGCUGGCAGUUAGUAUGCGCCUGUAGGGUGCUCCAAGGAUUGUCUCAAGGAUUUCUGUUUCCUGCCAUCUACAAUAUGUUGGGGAAAUGGAUUCCUAAGGAAGAGAAGAGUCGUUUAGGGGCUAUUGUGUAUUCUGGUGCAACAAUGGGCAUGGCUCUACAGAAUCUGUGUGCUGGCUUUAUCGCAGAGUACUUCGGCUGGCCGGCAAUCUUCUACGUGAACGGUACCCUGGCUGGCUUCUGGACGAUUGCCUACGUGUUCCUGGGAGCUGACUCGCCGCAGUCAUCGCGCAUCAUCAGCGAGUUGGAGCGGUUCGUCAUUCAGAACUCUCUUGGACAAAUCGGUGGGCAAAAGAAAUUGAAGACCCCAUGGAAAUCAAUCUGCAGGAGCAUUCCCUUCCUGGCUCUGAUGAUCGUCCACGGCGGCAAUAAUUGGGGGUUCUUCACUUUGAUGACUCAGAUUCCUUCCUACAUGUCCAAUGUACUUGGAACCGACAUUAAAAAGAAUGGUGUCUUGUCGUCUUUGCCGUACAUAGCGGCGUAUCUCGUCGGUUUUCCAAUAGGCUUCCUUGCUGACCACAUACUGGCAAAGAAGAUUCUCACCGUCACUACUACUAGGAAGCUGUUCAACUCCAUAGGUCUAUAUGGUGCAGCGUUGGUCCUGAUCGGCCUCUCCUUCACGCCAGCAGACAAUAUAGUGCUGGCAGUGACGCUGCUUGUGCUGGCGGUUGCAGUCAACGCGUGUUUCUACGCUGGCUUCAUUCUGGUUCACGUGGAUAUGUCUCCUAACUUCUGCGGGUCACUAAUGGGUAUCUCGAACACCUACGCCAACAUCAUUGGUCUUAUCGCUCCGUUGGCCGCUGGUGCCUUGCUCAAAGAUGAAACGGAUCCCGUAGAAUGGCGUAAGGUAUUCUUCAUAAGUUCAGCGGUAUACGUCCUCUCGAAUACUGUAUUCGUCAUAUUUGGAUCUUGUGAGACUCAAUCGUGGAACGAAGUCCGAUCAUCAAUAACAUCGAAGCCUCCUAGAUAG